AGCUUUACGAAGCGAAAAUACAAAAUAUCUAUAUCAACGUUCUCUCUGGAGCAGACAAUGGACGACCGAGCCUAGGAUGUGGACUUUCAGGCGUCGACCACGUGGCACUCGAGAAGGAAACUCGUCUGGUCUCGGAUAGCGGCGCCACGACCUCUGUAUUAGUUCCGGAGCCCCGCACGGCUUGGCAUGCUUACUGGAGGAAAAUGUUGUCAUAUUCGCAAGAGCCUGAGGUAUCGUCCACUGUACCUAUUGCAGACCGUGGAAAGAGCCAGAAAACAGUGACUUUCUUUCAAGUGGACACACAUACUGCCUGUGCUGGAGAGGUAAAGCGCAUGCUGUCCGAGCACACGACUACAUCUCUGAGUGAGACACGCAGUCGGAAAAAUGCUGGAUCAUCGUUUGUUAUGCAGGACUCCACUUGUUGCUUAUGGUUUCGCCUCAUUCUUAGGAUCGAUGCCGUUACAACGAAGAUUAUUUGAAAUUACUUGCUUCAUCUAAAUAUAACAACAUCAUUAUUACAACGAUCUUUGAAAUUAUAGAUAUAUAAUGUAGAUCUAGAUGCAAAAGCCAGCAAGUGUGAAUUUUUCCUCUAUUGACACGUUUCGCUGGAUCGGAUACAGCCUUGCUCGAAACGUCUGCCACAACUUUGAUUUGUGUCCUCGGGACGUUUCUCUCCGGGACCGCCUCGGAAGUGUCUUCGAGGCACACAGACGUGGCGAUUUACCCAUCACCGAGGCCCGACAGUGGACGGAAGCGCUGUUGGAGGAUAUACUAGCAGUAGAACGAGAAAUGGUUGUGAUUACGGGUAGGCUAAAGGUGUUCCUGAUAGCGUUUGUUAUGUCUCUGCUAAGAGAGACAGGCAUAACAAACGGGGUAAACGAACACCAAAAGCCUAGUGCCGCUAAUGUGACACGAGGAAGACCGGAGAAGCUGGGAGUAACAGUGGACUUCAUUGUUUGUACGCAGCCUGUAAACUUUUGCCGCUACUUUUUGGGAAAGCAAGGGAACAUUUCUUUUCUUGUCUACACGGGGCUACCUUUACUGUGGAUGGUGCCACAUGAAGAGCGAGAAGUUUGGGCCGCUGAGGAAUUCCCGCGACUGAUUCAAGAUAGCCGAAACGUCGUGCUAGCCAGCUCACUCUUCAUCUUAUGGCCAGCAUGUCGUGGUCUGAGUGUUAAAAAUAGAUAUUGUUAUUUAAACGAGUGGGAGUGCUGUUAUCAUCAUUUUUUUGAUGCGAAGUAAGAUGAUCAGGUAUGCGGUGAGCCAGUGUUGUUGCAUAACUUGACUCUAAGCCUCGCAGAGACAAUGAAGUAUCAGUACGGUGUGAUUCUUGGCUCAAACAUUCCCUUUAUACCGAUGCUGGGCCUACAUGCGCUCGACAAAGCUGUAGUUCCCGAGAAGGAAGGAAAGCAGGACGACCACCACGAGCAGAGUGACGAUAAGAGUGUUCAGGAAACGGGUAAGAAGACAAAGAUAUUGAUAGGUCGGUCUGGAAUGAACGGAUAUCUCCUAGAAUGCGUCCUAGGGUCUUUCAUUCGUGACGUGCUGGAAGAACAGUGGCUCGAUUUCCAGUUGCUUGAGGACGUGCUCGUAGAAGAGCGCGAAAAGCUUGCCAAGAAGAAUAAGAACUUGCCGGAGGUGUCGCAUGGAGGAGCGGAGGAUAUUAGUACCGUAAACAGGAGAGCACACGCACAGGCAGACGGGCAAGUUCUGGAAGCAAAGGGCGUUCAGAAGGAGGAAAAGCGCAUAAAGUUAAAGCAAACCGAAAACGAAAUGAAAUCAGUGUCAACUGCUACUACCACUGAACCUGAAGAAGGCUCCUGGGUAGAGGUGCGCAUUCCUUCCUUUCCCUAUGCCCGAUUGCGUGAGGAGUUUUCGGCGGCCGUCAUUUUCCCCUACGAUGCUGCGAUUUUUUUGCUGCAUGAACUUUACACAUUGAGUGUGCCUUUACUAGUCCCAAGAGACGUUUGGCGUUUUAUGCAGGGGCCACUGACGCACCCUGAUAUGGAAUGGCGAGGAAACUGGGUUGAUGACGAAAACGAGCGGUAUCGUCUUAAUCUGGGAAGUACUAGACACGGGGAUAAUAGUGUUGACCAAGAACAUAGUGGAGAGCAACACAAGAGUCGUCUUGAUCGACAUACUGUGACUGUUUCACCUUUUCAAAGUGUGAAAAUCGAGCUAAUGAGACCACUAGAAUUGGAAAGAGCGCUCUCUUGGAUGCGCUAUUCGAAUUUCUUCUUUCUGCCGCAUCUUUUCUUUAAGACACGACGAAUUUUUAGGAUAAAGAUCUCAGAAACAGGGGUCAUUUGUUGUAACAUUUUGUGCGCAAUAAUGCCUAAUUUGUAACUGCUAGCACAUGUGGAACUGACACUUCUGAACAAGGAAGAUCCUCUAAUCCUUACUGGCGGAGUGUCGCUGAUAUUGCCCAGUUUGCGAUAACCGAAAACCUUGAGGAAAUACGAAGUGAAAUGCGACAGUGGAAUCUCCGCCAUACUAAAAUGGUACGAGCGCAGUGGAGAUCCGUAGCAAGCCGAAUUUCCGGAAUCGUGAAUUUAGGUGAAGCAUGAUGACCGACUGGAUUACAGGCACAUUCACUUUGUGAAGCCUUGUUGCAAUGUGUCUAUUCUUGUGUUUGCGUAUCCAUUUAUUCGGAGUAAUGUACUGACAGGAAGUAAAUUGACUCGUUGAAGAAGAAGGUUGCUUUCUUCUUCUUGUCAACACCGUAAAGCAUGAAGCGAGCAUUUGCCCCCUUAAAAAGAAUGUUUGUUAACCAGCCUUGUGCAGCAAAUACUUUUAUUCCAAUGUGACCGAAUUCCGAUGUCAAUUUUCGGCCAAGUCAAAACGGAGACAAAUGACAUGAC